UUUGAUGUUAGUUUCGUUUUUGCUGUUUAUUUAUGAUCUCCUGCCAAAUUCGCACUCAAUUUUUUGAUCGAACAUCUCUGAAAUUCUUCGUUGAUUACAAAUUAAAGUUCUAUCAUUAAUUAUGUAGCAUUUUGUUUUAUCGGCAGUCCUUUUCCUAAUCAGAAUCAAUUGAUUUCCUUUAAAACUUUAUUUUAACAAUGGGGUCUUUUUUUGGAAAGUCGGUGGAUGAAAAUUUUAAAAGAAAUCAGGAUUUCAUGUUGCAGUUACAAAGAUUACAACUUGAGCGACAAAUUCACAUGAGAAAUCAACUACGAGAGCGUAAGCAGGCCUUACAAAUAGCAAAAUCUCGAGAGUUGUUUUAUUGGAUUGGAACUUUUUAUGUAUUAGCAGCUGGAUCAACUCUUUUUGCGUUUCAACGAACUAAAAAGCCAGCUAUACUAUCAACACUUCUACCUUUGACUUUUGUUUUUCUGUAUCAAGGAGACCUUGCAUAUGGUAGUAAACUUCAAAGAAUUCACAGUGAAGCAGAAAAUAUUCUCCAGUUUGAGGAACACUUAUUGCAUUUGCCUUUUGGGCCACCAAAUUUUGAGUCCAUUGAAGAAGGACGUCAGGAACAACAGGAUGAAGAAUCUUUGACAAAAGCACAUGAUAUUUUCCUUUAGCUCUCUGUGAUAGAAUUUCAUUCAUUUCUAUUUAUUACAUAGGUUGUUAUAGUGUAAUCUAAGGUAUACUAGAUUUCAUAGAACUAGUCACUUUUAUUCGUGCUGUUUAGAAUUUAUAAUAUUUAAAUUUACUAUAUCUUUGAUACUAUAAUAAAAAUUUUGUGACAUAAUGAAACUGAGAGAAUUAGUGUUAGCAAUAAAACUAAAAUAUAAGUGUCUUAAAUCCAUAUCAAAAUAUUUAGUUAUUUACAAGUAGCUUUUAUAAUUUCUUUUGUGUGAAUUGCAACCUUUAAAGAAUGUUUUUAAAUUAGAACUUUGCCUAUUAACUGUUUUAAAAUACAACCCAAAUAGAAAAUGGUUAACAUUUAAGAAAAUAGAUUCAUCGUAAUUUUCGAGAUAAAGACAAAAUAAUACUUAAUCUAUUUUAUAUACACCUGUUAAACAAAAACACUAUAUUGAAUAAAGAUUUACAGAAAAUAAUAAUAAAAAUAGUUUUAUGAUAAGAUGAAGUAUCAAAAUUUUCUAGUCAAAUAAAUCAAGAUUUUUGUUUGAAUGCUUUUAGUCAUACAACUAACAAGAAUAAGUAUACUGAGAAAGACUAUAGUUAGAAUCAUGAGAAACAAUUCCCAAUUCAAAUCCAUAAAUACAUAUGAAUUUUUCAAUACAAUAUGAUUAUGAUUAAUCUGGUAAAUUUCAGAUAAUAAAAGUAAUCCGUAUCUAUAGAUCUCAAUCUAUUAUUAAUCUCAAUUUAUUUUUAAUUUUUCUACCACUAGAAAAAAGUUCCCUCUGAGUGGAGCUUGGCAUCUGUUUUAACACUGUUUAUUAUGUUUUAUUGUAUAAAUGUCUUUCAAUAUGCAAUCCAUAAUGUAGUGAAUGAUUUUGAAAUUUUUUUUAAUACCUAAUUAGUGAAAAAACAUUAUUUAAACAAAAUUUUUAAGUUUAGUUCAUUAAUGCUUAAUUCGUCAUAUGCAUUGUGAUGACAAGUUUUUUUCAAUCUGAAAACUUCUCUAAUGCUUCAUAUUUAAGCAGUAACUUAGAGUUGUUUAGACCCUUAGUAUUAAAAUUAAGUGCAGAAAUUUGCUACCAAAUACAUUCCUAAUUAAAACAAUAUUACAAAUUCAUUCUUCAUUCAAACUUUUAGCAUAUCAAUAAACAAAGCAUAAAUUAUGGACACACCACCCAAUGUUCUAGAAAAAAGUCUAGCUAAAAUUAUCCUAAAUUAGCAUUCUAGUUUUUUGAAAAAUAAUUUAGUUGAUAGAAUUAAUGUCGUAAGAUUUUAUCUUAGAUAAUUUCAUCAAAUAUAUAUUGCAUUUAGAAAGUAUGUGUAAAAUAUUAGAUUGUUAUUGCAAAGCAACAAUAGUUCCUUUUUUUCUGACACAGAAAUUUUCGAAUAAGUUUUGAACUUAAAGUAAAAUUAAAGAAAGUCUAUUAUCAAAGAGCUUUUAAAUUAGUAUUAGUUCUUUUCCUAUUUAAAUAAAACAUCGCCACUGCUUUCGUUAAAAAUAUAAUUUGAUUCAAUUUAUUUAUUUUGUAUAGAUUAUAUCAUUGAAUAUACUUUGAUUAUAAGCAGUUUGAUACAUAAUGGGGAAAUGUUCUAAAUAUUUCAUAAUACAAAGCACCCUGCCCCUGAACCCUGGGAUACCACGAAGUAAGAUGAGGGAUACCUCCCAUUUUCCAUGACUUCAGGUGUAAUCGUAAUCUUUUAAUAGUUACCUGUUGUUAAUUAAAAGAUAGAAGUUUUAGGAUAGACUUCAGCUUUAACAUUAGAUUGCUAUCUAUUACAAUGCCCUGGUACUGUGGAAGCCUUGCUAAAUUCUUUUACAUAAGGUUGUAGGAAAAUUCACCCCCUCCCAAAAAAAAAUUAUUUGUUCAUUAUUUUGACAAUGGGAAAAUAAGUUUAGAUGUGAUUCAAAUUUAAAUAUUUUCUCCUUUUUCCAUGCCUUAAGUUAUGUUUGUAUUUUAUCUAUUUCUUUAUUAAUAACUAUGUGAAAAUAAAUUCGGAAAUCACCAGGGGGAGUUUGGUGCAGUGUUAUAAAAAAAUAAUCGAUGGAAUAAAACAUUAGUACCUAAUUUUGCUAUUAUAAACAAAUAUAUAUAUACACCAAAAUUUUAAUAUCUUGCCAAAUACAACCUCAACUCAACUUCUUAAUUAUGUUUUUCACUCUAUUACAAGCUUUGUAAAAUGUAAAUGAUAAGAAAAAUUGUUUAUCAUUAUUACUUACAGCAUUGUGAUGAAUGAGAAGCAUAAAAUUAUCGGAUCUUUGUGAAAUAUUUUUUGCCUAAAUUAUAAACAAUACUUAGGACUGACUGUGAAUUUAAAAAAAAAUGAUAACAAAAUUAAGGAAAUAAUAAAUAAGGGUCGUAAUUUUUUCUUAAUUAGCAAAAGUUAUAAAUUCUGAUGUUCACAUUCAUGUUGCUUAUGAUGAACCUCUUUUCCCAAUCAACUAGUUUACUCACAAAGAUGAUGAUUUACCAGUGAUAUAUUUAUUUAUUGAAACCAUUUAAUAAAAAAAUUAUAUAUCUGCAAUUCUUUAUUGAAAUAAUUACGUUUAAUUGCAUAAGCUACAAACUUCUCACCCUUAACCUAAUAAAGGCAAUUCCUGACCUCCCUGCUUUCCUCUCACUGUUUUCGAUUUUAAGAUUUACACUUCAAUAUUGCUCAUGCUAAAAACAGAAACUAUUUUCACAAGCCAUCUUUUUACUACAAUAUAAUAUACUUCUAUAGAAAUGGUUCAGUUAGAAGAAUAAGAAAGAAAUAUUUUGAUACGCUUUCCAUCAUUUUGAACACUUAAAAUUAAUUGAAAAUUCUAAUUAGAAGCAAUAAAAUUAUUAUUAAUGCAAAAUUUGAAAAUGCUUUUAAGUAGAUAUUGUAAACUUAGAACUUACAUUUAUGGAAGAGAAUAUGUUCUGAUGUGUGUUUUUGAAAAUAUUAAGUCAAAGUAUUACAUUUUACUACAGUUGAAUUAUUUGCUACUUAGAGACGUUUCUUACUCUUAUUAUUUUUUUGUAUGUAUAUAAUACUUAUACACUGAUGAACAUUAGUAUUUAUUUAUGAAUUUAAAUGUAACUAUUGUCAGAUGUUUCAAUGUAACUAUUAACUGUCCAGCCUUCUUAAAAAUUCACAGGUUUUUCUUCCUUCCACAUAUUUCCAUUGAAUAAUAAUAAUAAAAAACAAGCUGUAAUGUGAAUUAAAUUUAAGCUAGACAGUUAAUGGGUUAUAUAUCUGAUCUUUAGAUGUUUUUGUCUUCUCAAGCUACCCGGUAGCUUUUUGUUGUUUGGAAUCUCUAUUGUCAAAUUGAAUUUAUUUAUAUGAUAGUUAUAGUUAAGAGCUCUUAUAUAUGAAUAAAUAAAAAUCUUCUUGCUAUA